GGAUGUCUACCCAAGAACAUCUCAGGUAACUGACGGGCGACCUUUCAGCCUCGACCUGGGUUGAGAUUCGAGAAUUUCAAGUUUCGCCAUAAUUGAAUGACCAGUACUCCGUCCGUAUAGACAUCAUCGAUCGACUAAUGCCUUUGGGAAGACUCUAACUCGGUUCGUACCUCAGGAACGUGACUUCAUUCGUUCUCCAAGAGGGGUAUUAUCGCGAGAAUCAUGUCUCGAAUCCCAGACCUUGUAAGAGACUCGGAACUCAAGGUGGAGUUCCGCGGCUCCACGACAGUUCAUUCUUAUCACGACAUCGAUGACCGUGGCCGACGACUGUUCCGGCAGGAAUUCUGGACCUGGGAUCGACUGAUCGGACGGGGAGGAUACGGACAGGUCAAGCUGCAGAAAUACACGGCACGAGACACGGACGGGGAGUCCGUUCGAGCAGUGAAGAUCAUCGACAAACCUUUGAGUGUCGGCGAGUCCAUCAACUACAAUCGGGAGCUUGAGGCGAUUGCUAAAUUCUCCAACCGUCGGUACAAACGCUGGUUCGUGCAGUCUUUCGGCUGGUACCAGGACACCACUUCGAUAUUCGUUGCUAUGGAAUAUUGUCGCCACGGUGAUCUCCAUCAUUAUCUCAAGAGUCGAGGGUCAUUGUCUGUUGGUGAAGUCCAACAUUUGGCACGGCAAAUAGUUGAAGGUCUCGAACAGAUGCACAUUAAUGAUUUUGCGCACCGAGAUCUAAAACCUGGGAACAUCCUCAUCAAAACGAUGCCACCAGAAGAAGAGUUCUGGGUAGUGCUUGCUGAUUUUGGAAUCACCAAGAGAGGAGAGGAAACAAAUGGACCGACGACGGCGAUUGGAGGAACUGACAUAUUCAUGGCACCCGAGUUGCGCGGAUAUCUCGACACGCACAGGCCCAAGUCGGUUGCUGAGUUCAAAACAGCGGACAUGUGGGCGUUGGGAGAAAUGAUAUUCCAAAUGCUGACUGGCGAAGCCACCUUUCGAAACCCUCUGGAGCUGUUCCCAUAUUGUACCGGCCAGCAAGAAUUUCCAUUCAGUCGACUGCCAGCAUCUGUUGAUGGCGAUGGUCAAGAUUUCAUUGCUUGUCUCAUGAAGACAAUGCCACAGGAUCGUAUGACUGUGACACAGUGCACCGAGCACCCUUGGAUGAGUACAAUGACUCCUAAUGAUCCCGACGACAUGGACUGUGACGAGAUGACAUCGCCGGCAUCACAGGUCUCCCUAGCCGAGCCCGCUUCUGCUCGGUGGACUAACAUAUCAGGUGCAACUGUCAAUUCUAAUCAGGCGACCAUGCGACCAGGGUCAGAAAGCAACGAACCUACUUUCAAUAUUGGCGUGAGCUGGGAUUCCCCAAUAUUAACAUUUAGAAACUUGACUCCAAUUAAGAAGGACUCAAUUCGGGAAUUCAAAGGCCAUACUGCUACUGUUCGCUGCCUGGCCUUCUCCCCAAACGGCAAAUACGUAGUGUCUGGAUCAUUAGAUGGGACGAUACUGCUAUGGGACAUUGAAACCGGUAAAUGGCCAGUGCGGACAAUAAUGGACUACUACCCUCAAGAGGUCAGCUGCCUCGCGCUCUCGCCCAACAGCAGACUCUUGGCUACUGGAUCGUCGAAGGGGAAAGUGAGCGUCCGGAACAUAGCCAACGGGAGUACCUUGAUACACACUGUUGACGGCGACAACGGCGACAUGAGCGGCAUUCAGGGACUGACCUUCUCGAAAGAUGGAUCGGGUCUGAUAGCUGCAGGAACACGUGGGGUAUUGCGAUAUUGGCACGUUUCCGGAGAGGGAGCCUUAACCAUGAAUUAUGACCAUGCCUUGAAUCCAAGGCAAGAAUGGCAAGAAUGGGCGACAGCAUGUUCAGAGAAUGGAAAGUGUUUGGCCGUAGGACCGAAAGGGUAUUUUAUGAUAUUAGUGGGUCUUAACGAUAGCUAUGUCUCCAACGAGUAUUUUACUCCAAGGCGUCAAUGCACGAUGACUUGCCUAGCGCUGUCACCAGACGGGAGUUGGCUAGCAGCAGCUUCGUACAAAGAGUCCGCUAGAAAGAUACACAUUUGGGAGUCUCCUCACAAGGCUGAAAGAGCUGUACUCGGAACACAUCUGCUUCCUACUUGCAUGGCAUUUUCGCCGGACAACAAGCUGUUGGCAACAGCGGCGGGCUACAUCUUACAGAUCUGGUCUGUUUCUACCGGUCAACUGCUUCAAAUGAUUCGAGGUCGUUACCAUGAUAUUACCUGUUUAGUGUUCUCUCCUUGUGGUACUAGGUUGGCGGCUGGAACGGAUAGUCACUUAGUACAGGUUUGGACAGUAUUUAGAUACUAAAAUACAAUUGUCAACUGGUUAAGCACGAGUAGUAAUAAAUAAGGAAACAAUGUUAC